AAGAAUAAUAUAAUAAUAAUAACAUCAGCAGCAGUACAAGGACACGAAACGGAAUAAGCAUGGAAUAAAACCCAAGCCUGACUGCCUGAGCUGUAUGCUGAAUGGAUAUCGCUUCUAUCGGAAUAAUAUCCCAUCUCCAGGCAUUAUCGUCUCCCUCGAUUUGAUUCCCCGUGGGACGACGAAUCUGGGAGAAUUUGGAGGAGAUUUGUAGAUUUGGAGGGGGUUUGAUGGGAGGGCGAAGCUCAAGAGAGGCGAGCCCUCGGAGUAGCUUCAGGUCGGCAGGAUCGUUCCAAGAGCGGAGCCACUCGCAGGAUCAGUAUUGGAGCCAGAGGUAUCCCUAUGAAACGCCCGGGUAUCAGAAUUACCCGCCUCCGUCCCACAGCUAUGGUGAGCCGGUGCAGGCCUACCACCCGCCGCCGCCGCCGCCGCCGCAGACGCAACGUGCCGGUGGGUCGCGGCCGAGGCUGGAUCGGAGGUACUCGAAGAUAACCGAUGAUUACAGUUCUGUGGAGCAGGUCACUGAGGCUCUCGCACAAGCUGGCCUGGAGUCUUCAAAUCUUAUUGUUGGUAUUGAUUUCACAAAGAGCAAUGAGUGGACAGGUAAAUUGUCAUUCCAUGGACGAAGCUUGCAUCACAUUGGUGAUAUUCCAAAUCCCUAUGAACAAGCAAUCUCUAUCAUUGGAAAAACGUUGUCGGCAUUUGAUGAAGAUAACUUGAUCCCUUGUUUUGGGUUUGGAGAUGCGUCAACACAUGAUCAGGAUAUCUUUAGUUUCUAUCCUGAUGAGAGAUCAUGCGAUGGCUUUACAGAGGCCCUAGCACGAUACAGAGAGCUUGUCCCUCGUCUACGGUUGGCUGGUCCAACUUCAUUUGCUCCUAUUAUUGAAAUGGCUAUGACCAUUGUGGAACAGAAUGGUGGACAAUACCAUGUUUUACUGAUAAUUGCGGAUGGGCAGGUUACAAGGAGUGUAGAUACUGAAUUUGGACAAUUGAGCUCUCAGGAGCAAAUGACCGUUGAUGCUAUUGUAAAAGCUAGUGAAUUUCCAUUGUCUAUUGUUCUAGUUGGUGUUGGAGAUGGUCCUUGGGACAUGAUGAAGGAAUUUGAUGAUAACAUUCCUGCUCGAUCCUUUGAUAAUUUCCAGUUCGUAAAUUUUACGGAGAUAAUGUCGAAGAACAUGCCCCAAACCAGAAAAGAGGCAGCAUUUUCUCUUGCAGCGUUGAUGGAAAUACCUUCACAAUAUAAAGCAACAUUAGAACUGGGAAUCUUAGGUCGUUGUUCAUCUAAGUCUCCGGAGAGGGUUCCUCUUCCCCCACCUAUUGGGGGUUAUGGUACAUCUUCCUCUGGUUCUAAAACUUUCCAGAAACCCAGUUUCCAGAAGAAUGCACCACCUUAUUCUGGAUAUGAUACUACACCUGGCAGAGCUCCUACUGCGCCAAGUGCAUCAUUAGACAAUCAGCUUUGCCCUAUUUGUUUUACAAACCCGAAGGACAUGGCUUUUGGUUGUGGGCACCAGACUUGCUGUGAUUGUGGCGAGGGCCUUGAGUUAUGUCCCAUCUGCCGAAGUCAAAUUCAUACAAGAAUAAAGCUUUAUUAAUGUGAUCAGCAUUUAUGGAGGGUGCAAAAUAUGUGGUCAGUAUUUAUGGCAAUUUACGCGGCCGGUGCUGCUUCUAAUGCGCAAUGGUUGAGGCUUCAUGAACGCUGUUUGGGGUUCUUGGCUCCAGUUGGCUGCGUUUGAAUCAGUCAAAGUAAUCUUUCCCCGUGUUAAGGUAUGGUGUUGCGGUAAUCUGGAAUUAUGUACAUAAAUAACCCUUAGGCCAAAAUUUAGGUCGAGAGAAUUCUUUUCAAAUUGUUUCUACUUAUGGUACUGUUUGUCUCAAGGUUGCAUUAUGUUUCGUCGUACUAAUAACCUUUUUUUUUAGCUGUCUGUAUCAUUAGAAGAUGCUUGUUUGUGGCAUGUUGGUUGCGAUUCUAGCCGAUCAAAAUAAGGAUAAUUUUGAUGAGUUUA